CCAUCCUUACACAUCACAUCCAUCAAUUAAAUUCCUCAUAACACAUACAACAUAUAUACAAUAUUAUUCAUGCAUGCAAUAACUUCACAAAUGACUACUUCCACCCUCCUCCUCCUCCUCCUCACCACCCUCACCCUCCUUUCCACCACCUUCGCCGCCGUUCAGCCGCCAUCCUCUGCCGCCACAAUCUGCCAAUACACCCCUUACCCAUCCUUCUGCCGGUCAACCAUCCCUAUCAACAACUCCACAGCCAAUGUCCAUGACUACGGACGCUUCUCCGUCCGCAAAUCCAUAUCCGCCGCACUCAAAUUCUCCGCGUUAAUCGAUAAAUACCUCCGCCGCUCCUCUAUUCUAACAACCGGUGCAAUCCGCGCGCUACAAGACUGCCAAUAUCUAGCCGGAGUCAACGUUGACUUCCUCCAAAACACUUUCCAAACCGUAGACAAAACACAAACCGCACUUUCCACCAUGAAAUCCGAAGACAUACAAACCAUGCUUAGCGCGAUUCUAACCAACACGCAAACAUGCAUCGACGGCAUUCAAGCAACCGCGUCUUCUUGGAGCUCGAAAAACGGCGUGUUAGCGCCUCUAGCCAACGAUAACAAGCUCUACAGCGUGUCGUUAUCGUUGUUUAACCGCGGAUGGGGCGUGAAGAGCAAGACGAUGCGUUCUUCGCGUUCUUCAUCCCCGCAUAAAAAACUUAAAAACGGACGGUUACCGUUGAAAAUGUCCGAACAAACAAAGGCGAUUUUCGAGACUGUGGGAAGGAGGAACCUUCUGCAAACGGAUGACGGUGGCGAUCAGGUGGUGAUUAGUGAUAUUGUGGUGGUUAGUCAAGAUGGGUCUGGGAAUUUUAGUAACAUUAUGGAUGCAGUUAAUAUUGCGCCGAAUAAGACUAAAGCUGAAGAUGGGUACUUCUUGAUUUAUGUUACUGCGGGUGUUUAUGAGGAGUAUGUUAAUAUUCCGAAGAAUAAGUAUUAUUUGAUGAUUAUUGGAGAUGGGAUUAAUCAGACUGUUAUUACUGGAAAUCGGAGUGUGGUUGAUGGCUGGACUACUUUUAAUUCUGCUACAUUCAUCGUGACCGCGCCAAACUUCGUAGCAGUCAACAUAACGAUCCGUAACACCGCGGGCGCAGUAAAGCACCAAGCGGUUGCGCUACGAAACGGGGCCGAUCUAUCAACAUUCUACAGCUGCAGCUUCGAAGGCUACCAAGACACGUUAUACACGCACUCCCUCCGACAAUUCUACCGCGAAUGCGACAUAUACGGCACGGUGGACUUCAUCUUCGGAAACGCAGCCGUCGUUUUCCAAAACUGUAACCUCUACCCCCGGCAACCAAUGUCGGGUCAGUUCAACGCCAUCACAGCACAAGGCCGAACUGACCCGGGUCAGAACACCGGGACCUCGAUCCAAAACUGUAAUAUCCGGGCGGCCGAGGACCUGGGUUCGACCAAGACGUAUCUUGGGCGUCCGUGGAAAGAGUAUUCACGAACGGUUUACAUAAAGACGUUUAUGGAUACGUUGAUUGAUAGCGCGGGGUGGCGUGCGUGGUCGGGUGAUUUUGCGCUUAAUACGUCGUAUUAUGCGGAGUUUGAUAAUUCGGGUCCAGGUUCGGAUACUAGCGGGAGAGUUACUUGGCCCGGAUUCCAUAUUAUAAACGCGACGGACGCGGUUAAUUUUACCGCGUCUAGUUUCGUGAUGGGUGAUGAGUUUUUGCCGCAAACGGGUGUGCCUUACAACGGUGGAUUGUGAUUCUUGAGUACAAAUGUACAGGAAUUGAGAUGUUGUAACUUGUAACACGUUUGAUUGAUUUGUUAUUUUAUUUAAACAUAAUGUAUUAGUUAAUAUUAUUAAUGAAAUUAAAUGUAACAUGCAUUUGCAAUAAAUAUAUUUUCUAGUGAUUUUCCCAA